AUGGUCAAGAUUGCGAUUAUCUACUACUCGAUGUACGGCCACAUCAAGCAGCUGGCUGAUGCCGAGAAGCGUGGCAUCGAAAAGGCCGGCGGCACCGCCGACCUCCUCCAGAUCCCCGAGACACUCCCCCAGGACGUCCUCGACAAGAUGCACGCGCCGCCCAAGCCCACCAACGUCACCGUCCUUGAGGACCCCAAGCAGCUCCUCGAGUACGACGGCUUCCUGCUCGGCAUCCCGACCCGUCAGAUCUGGGCCUCGGGUGGCUACUGGGGCAAAAAGGCCGGCCUCUUCAUCUCCACCGGCACCCUCGGCGGCGGCCAGGAGUCGACCGCGCUUGCAGCCAUGUCCACCCUCACCCACCAUGGCAUUCAGUUCGUCCCGCUCGGCUACGCCAAGUCCUUCGCGCAGAUCGCCGACCUGAGCGAGGUCCACGGCGGCUCGCCCUGGGGCGCCGGCACCUUCUCCGGCGCCGACGGCUCGCGCCAGCCCUCGGCCAAGGAGCUCGAGAUCGCCACCAUCCAGGGCGAGGCCUUCUACAACGCGGUCAAGGGAGCUUGA